UGUUUCAAUUAUUCCUGCUAAUGUGGAACAAUACAUCGCUUUCACGAAAGUAGUGACAGGGAGCACACGUGGACUCAAUACGAGAGAAAACGUAAAAUUUAAAUUUAUUGAUUCAUAUCGAUUCAUGCCUGCAUCUCUAGCUGAAUUAGCAUCACUACUAUCGGCAGAUAAAAAACAAAUAUUGUAUAACGAAUGUGAGAAAAAUGGGUACACACCCGAACAAAUCGCUAUGCUUGAACGUAAAGGCGUUUUUCCUUAUGAAUAUGUGAGCGGUAUGAAGCAGCUAAAAGAGGCAAAGCUACCAUCAAAAGCAGAUUUUUACAGCAAACUUCGUGGAGAAGGAAUAUCGGAUGACGACUACCAAUUUGCUCACGAUAUCUGGCAGAAAUUCAAUUGUAAAACGGUCGGAGAUUAUUCCGAACUAUAUCUAAAGACGGAUGUGCUACUGUUGGCCGAUAUAUUUGAACAUUUUCGAAAUACAUGCCAUGCGAUUUACAGUUUGGAUCCAUCUAACUACUAUACAGCUCCUGGCCUUUCGUGGGACGCCAUGCUAAAAUAUACCAGAGUGGAAAUUGAACUGUUAACUGAUGUGGAAAUGAUGCUGUUCAUCGAACGUGGAAUUCGCGGUGGCAUAAGUCAGUGCAGUAAACGUCAAGUUAAAGCCAACAAUAAAUACAUGGGAGAUGUAUACAAUGAUGAGAAACCUUCAAAUUAUUUAAUGUAUUUAGAUGCAAAUAACCUGUAUGGACAUGCAAUGUCGCAACCAUUACCGCUGAGAGAUUUCAAAUGGAUUGAAGACAAUAUUGUGAAGACAUCUUUUUCAGAUGCAGAUGAAAUAGCUAAAUUAGCUGACGAUUCGACAUACGGCUAUAUAUUCGAGGUGGAUCUGCAAUAUCCAAAAAAUUUACAUGCUACACAUAAUGAUUUUCCAUUUUGUGCUGAAAAGCGAACGCUUCCGCAAGAAGUGUUCGAUAUUAUCGUUAUAAAACCGAAUAAAAUCGAAAAAUUAUUGUUAACGCUAUACGAUAAAGAAAAUUAUAUCAUUCAUUAUCGCAUGCUAAAAUUAGCAUUACAACACGGUCUAGUAUUAAAAAAAGUACAUCGAGUACUUCAAUUCGAACAAAGUUGCUGGCUCAAGCCCUACAUCGAUAUUAACACACAGCUACGUACGCAAGCUACCAACGACUUUGAAAAGUCGUUUUUUAAAUAUAUGAUAAACUCCGUCUUUGGUAAAACGAUGGAGAAUCUGCGUUUACGUGCAGAUAUCAAACUUGUCAACAAGUGGGGUGGGCGAAGUGGUGCAGGCAUGUUAAUUUCUCGACCAAAUUUCAAGAAAUGCAAAAUUCUCGAUGAAGAUUUAGCAGUAAUUGAGUUACAAAAAACACAUAUUAAAAUGAAUAAACCAAUAAUUAUCGGUAUGUCCAUCUUAGACAUAUCGAAAAUAACGAUGUACAGUUUUCUGUCCGACUUUUUAAAACCUAAAUAUGGAAAAAAUUGUACGGUUGCCUAUACGGACACCGAUUCAUUUGUUUUAUCUGUUAAAACGGAUGAUUUUUAUGCUGAUAUGAAGGCGAACAUUGAACGGUUUGACACAAGCGACUAUCACAACGAACCCGCGAAAUGGAUAGAUAAAAAUCUAAAGGAUAUGGUUUGCGAUAUGCCAAGAGUUAAUAAAAAAAGUGCCCGGUAUUUUCAAAGAUGAAUUAAACGGGGAUAUUUUGGUAGAAUUUGUCGGUCUACGUGCAAAAUGCUACGCUGUACUACCGUUCCAAGCUAAAAUGGAAAUAUGUGAAUGUCCAGAAAGAGCUGUACCACCUCGCGUUAUAACAGAUAGCGACUAUGUUGACUGCAUCGAGAAGAAUUGUAUCAUCGAUAAAAAAUCUAAGGUUAUUAAAAAGUCUAAAGGUAUAAAAAAAAAAAACGUAGUGAAACGUAAAAUUGCAUUUAGUGAUUAUGUUGACUGUAUUGAGAAAAAUUGUAAUAUUUUACGUGAACAGUAUAACCUUCGCUCAAAAUUACAUCGAAUAUUCACAAUUAAACAGAAAAAAAUUGCUUUAAAUCCGUUUGAUGAUAAGCGUUACCUCAUUCGUUCGAAUGGUAUUGAUACGCUGGCUUGGGGUCAUCAUGAAAUUAGUGAAAUUGAGA